AUGUUUGCCAAGAUCAAGUCAUGGCUCGGUCUCGCGCCUUCCUCGAUUUCUUCGCCUCUGACCUACAUGCGCCUGGGGCCAGAGGAGAGGCUCAAAAGCGCAAACCCGUUAAUGAUCCAGUUUUUCACUUGGGAUUGCUUGCACGAAUCGCUGAGUUGGUGGAAGCACUUUGAGGCUGAGAUACCUCACUUGGCAGAACUCGGCGUCACCCAAGUCUGGCUUCCACCACCGAAUAAGGCAGCUGAACCAAAAGGGCGAGGGUACGACGCCUAUGAUUUGUGGGAUUUGGGCGAAUUCGAACAGAAAGGGACGAUCAAAACACGAUGGGGCACUCGCGAGGAGCUUCUUCAAGCGUGUAAAGUGGCCAAAGAACACGGGAUUGAUAUCUUGAUCGACGCCGUUCUGAAUCAUAAAUUGGGCGGCGAUCAUGUAGAAACGUUCAACGCUGUACCAUCGCAGCCAGAAAACAGACUGAAAGACGCGGGCCCGGUUAGAGAAAUAGAUGGGUGGACUGCCUUCAACUACCCGGGUAGGGGUAAUAAAUAUAGCACCAUGAAGUGGAAUAGGGAACAUUUUACUGGCGUCGAUUGGGACCACAAAACUAAAACGAAAGGGAUAUACCGUAUAGUUGCACCAGGCCACAAGGGCUGGUCUAGAAACGUAGACUCCGAGCUUGGAAACUACGACUUCCUACUGGGAGUUGAUAUCGACCAUCGCCAUCCAGCCGUAAGGGAAGACCUGGAGAAUUGGGGAGAAUGGAUUUUAAAAACCACCGGUGCGAGUGGAUUCAGACUUGACGCCAUAAAACACGUCGACAGGAAGUUUAUGCUACAUUGGAUCCAGGAAACGCGUCGUCGAUCCGGAUUGAAAGACAUGUUUGUUGUCUCCGAAUACUGGUCUGGAAACUUGAAAAUGAUAAUGCCCUACAUAAAAGCCUUUAAAGGCGAAACGACCUUUUUCGAUGUGCCUUUGCACAUGAAUUUCAAUCAAGCGAGUCGCGAACGAACACGAUACGAUCUCAGGCGGAUCCUCAAGGAUACAGUUGUCCAGGUCGAGGGCCAAAGCUUAGAAAGUUGGGUGGGGGACAACUUCAAAACACAAGCAUAUGCCCUAAUAUUACUCCGAGGUUAUGGUCUCCCGUGCCUGUUCUACGGUGACCUUUACCCAAAUAAAGAAGGGUACAACCAGAACACGUCUCGGAAUAUCUACCUCUUGGUUGAGAUGCGGCGAAAAUUCGCUUACGGCCCCACUGAAGACUACCUAGUCGAGAAAAACUGCAUCGGCUUCGUACGCAAAGGCGAUGAGAACCAUCACGGCUGCGCAGUUAUCCUCAGCAACAAGGAGGAUGGUGCUGACUCGUUCGUCCAUGAACUUCGUAUGAAUGUCGGCCUUCGCUAUGCUGGCAAAAUGUUCAAGAGUCAAAUGACACAACAUGGACGAGUGGAAAUCGACGCGCAAGGCUGGGGCACAUUCUCGUGCUUUGCAAACAACGUUCAGGUUUGGAGUCCUCUCGAAGAAACCCCUUGA